GUCGUGGUUGACCAUGGCCUAUGCGUCUUCGUCGGCCCUUGGCGCAGCUGCUUAAGCGGGCUCUGCCAAAGGUGUGGAGCCGCUCAUUGAUGGCCAAGGAGCCAUUUCCCGAGUUUGAGCCACUGGUUGAUUGGGUGGAUCACCGCCACUUUGAGGAGCUGGAUUCCACCCAGAGCUACGUGGAGAGGGAGCACGAGUCCUUCAAGCAGGAGAAGCUGACCGUUGUCAGCGCCGACUACCAGAGCGCUGGAAGGGGAACGGGCGAGCGUGCCUGGCAUGCUACCAAGGCACAGAGCGUGAUCAUGACCUUCUUCUUUCGAUUUCCAGAGCACUGCGAGAGCGACUUCGUGAAUUCCAGUGCGCCAAACGUCACCAAAGUGUUGGCAGUGGCGGCAGUGGACACCCUGGAGUGGGCCACAGAGGGCCAAAGGUUUGGCAUCAAGUGGCCCAAUGACGUGGUUUGCUCAGGCUGCAAGGUGGGGGGGAUCCUGGCGCGGGCGGUGCCCUUCAACGGGCGGCUGGAGGGCAUCAUCGUAGGCAUCGGCAUCAACGUCAACACCACGCAGGAGGAGCUGGAUAGGAUCGCGCGGCCGGUGUGGCCGGCGGCCUCGGUGCUGUCGCUGACGAAGAGGCACUGUGAGGUGCCGGAGGUGCGGCGGCGCCUGGUGGGCUGCUUCGCGCUGCACUUGCAGAGGUUCUUCGCGGGUGGCUUUGCGGUGUUUCGGGACCGCGUCAACAGCCUGGAUGCUCUCCUGGGCACCAAGGUUUGGUUCCGGGCCCACGAGUCCGAUGAGUUCGAAUGUGUCUAUGAGGGCAUUCAGGAGGACGGGCUGAUCUUGCUGCGCAGGGACGGAGAAGUGACCGCGUUUCCUUCCGGGGAAAUCAUACCCCCACCAGCUGGAGCCAAGUGAG